CUCGCUUGGAGCAUUUGGACCUAGGCGUUUGUUUGAUCCCUUCCCUUUUUCUGCAUGAAGCAGAGACUCACGCCCUCCCCGUCCUGAGUGCUGGGGGCCUGAGGUCAGGCAGGGGCUGAGUCCCUGGGGAGUGAGGAGGCUGCAGCGCCAGGGGGAGGAGAAGCCGGAGUCGGUGGAGUAUCUGGCUGCAGCAGGUGCACACCCAGCCCAGCCAGGAGCAACUUUCCGGCUCGGCAGAGGCAGGGCGAGGUCCGAGGUGCCGCUCCUCGCAAAGGAGGGGCAGAGGAGACAGCGGCAUCGGCCCGGGGACGGGACACACACACCCGCCUGCGAUCCGGAUCCGAGCCCAUGGAGCCGCUGUGGGGGAACAGCAGCUGUGCGAACGGUUCUUUGGUUGCUGUUUCUUGCUCUUCUCAUCGGGUCGUAUGCCAGGUGAUCAGUGACGGCAACCUGACCACCUCUGUCCAUAAGAACCUCACUUUGCACAGCAGCUGGGCAACACAAGUAGAAAGCAAAUAUGGAUUCUACAUUGGCUUGGCCCUUGCCAUCUUCUCCAGUUUCCUCAUCGGCAGCAGUGUCAUCCUCAAGAAGAAAGGGCUGCUGCGGCUGGUGGACAAAGGGAGCACCAGAGCAGGAGACGGAGGUCAUGGCUACCUUAAGGACUGGCUGUGGUGGGCUGGACUGUUAACCAUGGGUGGAGGGGAAGCUGCCAACUUUGCUGCCUAUGCGUUUGCACCUGCAACUAUCGUCACCCCCCUUGGCGCCCUGAGCGUGCUCAUAAGCGCCAUCCUAUCUUCCUAUCUGCUCGGAGAGCGGCUAAACCUGCUGGGAAAGCUAGGCUGCAUGCUGAGCAUUGUGGGUAGCACGGUGAUAGUGAUACAUGCCCCAGAAGAAGAAGAGGUCACCACGCUGGCCGAAAUGGCUUCAAAACUGAAAGAGCCCGGUUUCCUCGCUUACGCUGCCAUUCUCUUAGUCACCUGCCUGAUUCUGAUCUUCUUCCUCGCACCCCGCUACGGGCAGCGCAACAUUCUCAUCUACCUCACCAUCUGCUCCGUGAUUGGUGCCUUCUCAGUGUCUUCCGUCAAAGGACUGGGGAUCGCCAUCAAGGGCUUCUUUGCUGACCAGCCUGUCCUGCAGAACCCGCUGACUUGGAUCCUCAUCCUCACGCUAGUGGGUUCCGUCACCACUCAGAUCAACUACCUCAACAAAGCUCUAGACAUUUUCAACACCUCCUUGGUAUUUCCCAUCUACUACGUGUUAUUCACCACCAUAGUCAUCACCACUUCUAUCAUCCUCUUUAAGGAGUGGGUCGCCAUGUCGGUGGUGGACAUUAUUGGGACGGUUUGUGGCUUCCUCACCAUUAUUUUGGGGGUGUUUUUACUCCAUGCCUUCAAAGACAUGGAUAUAAAUUUGGGGAACCUACCGCAUGUUCUUCAGAACAGCGACCAGGCACCAGCAGUCAAGGACGACAAGAACAUUCUGAUAGAAGUGGACAAUUCUGGCAUGAUUGCUGAUGAUAAACCCAAAGUAUUCAUGAUCUACAGCUAAAGCAGUGAUAUAAAUGUUCAAGGGCAGAGGAUGCUGCUCUGAACAGGCUAAAAUGUUACUGAGAAAUUUUAAAGCAAAAGCACAGAAAGUAAAACUAAUCAUGGGGCUGACCUAAUGCUACUAGAGUCAAAUGAAAUCUUCCAGUGGGCUCUGGAGAAGGCCUGAUGUCAUAACACGAGGAAGAGGUAUAUUUUGUGUUCAUCCACAAGACAGCAACGUGAAUAGCUGCUGAAAGUGGCAACUCUCUUGAAAUAUGACAAACUUGGAGCAAAAUUCUACUCUGGGAUCCUUUCUGAUGGCUGGUCUCUCAACAUUGUCAGUUUCUAGUGCACGAUCUGCACACUUUUUCCUAAGCAGAACUCUGGCUGAUAUGCUUACUUCAAACUGACCUCCACUGACUGACUGAUUAGUGGGUUUUGAUUUCUUUACAGCCCCUAUCUCAAGAGCUUUAGGUACUUCUACAAAACUUCAAAUACAUGGCAACAGCAAACAGAAAGGGCAGAGACCCCCCAGUGAAUAUUCUACCAUUGCAACCCCCCUGGGCAGCUUACCCAGGUGGAUAGCAACAGCAGGUCCCGACAUCUGACAACCCCUUAACGCUUCCAAUCCCCGAAAGCCUGGGGGGAAAGAUGGGUUUUCAGCAUGCCAUUGGCUUGUCAGAGCAAGUUCCAUAGUAAAAGGCCAACUCCUGGAAAACACCCUCCUCUGACCCACCAACCCCCUCUUUUUGAAGCCAGGACACCCCUUCAUCCUGGGCAAGUAAAUAUUUAGACAGGCAAGUAAGGGAUCAUUUGUUUUUGUUGCCAUCCUACCGAAGGGCAGCCAAACAGAUUUUGUACCUAAUAAAUUGUCAGGGUAAUUAUGCAACAUGACUUUAUGGCCUCUGAUGAUUUUAACCACAGCAGUGUAACAUGGGGCGUUCCACGGAAGGAUCUAGUGCAACAUUUGAGAGGGGAUUGAACCAAAACAUCCUUAAAGAGGAAGUUCAGGUCAGAUCUGAACAUAGUUUCUGUCGCUUUAGUGAGAGAAACCAAAACCUCAGGUCCCAACACCCUGAAUGCUGAGAAAGUUUGAAGCUGAGUUUUGCAGUUCUCUCAGCCCUCCCAGUGCAGAAUAGACCCUAGCAGGGCAGGGCAGGAAGCAGUGUUUGUCCUCAGGUGGUGAAAGCUUCCACUGCCUGGCUGCAGGAGAACCUAGUCUAUCUGAGUGCAUGAAUGUAGAAGGGUGGACUCACUGCUGGAACUCCCCCUGCCCCCAAAUUGCUGGAUGAGGUGGUAUCAUAGAAUAUCAGGGUUAGAAGGUCAUCUAGUCCAACCCCCUGCUCAAAGCAAGACCAAUCCCCAGAUAGAUUUUUGCCCCUGAUCCCUAAAUGGCCCCCUCAAGGAUUGAGCUCACAACGCUGGGUUUAGCAGGCCAAUGCUCAAACCACUGAGCUAUCCCUCCCCGAUAUAACAGGUGCUCACCUAGCACCUCCAGCUAAAGGACCCCAGAGAAAGCAGCCAAACUCCAUCCACACACUGCUUGUUGCCUCCCCAGACUACUGCCUGCCUCGGCCUAUUUCUGGCUUUUUCCACGGCCCCUUCCUGAACUCGCUCUUCGCUCCUCUCCCUUGCUCUGCAGAGUUCUUGCCCAUUCUUUAUCAGAGCACUACCUCCCCUGGUCUUCUCCCUAGAAGCCCAUUCCUACCAAGGCACUAACGCUCAGGGCUUUUUCCCUGGACUCCCUUCCCCUAUGCUAGGGCCUCAGCUCCAGUCUACCCCCAAGGCCAGCCACCUAUGGUUGACAUCCUCCGAGGCCCACCUACAACCCUCUCCCAUUACGGCCAGCCCCAAGCUGUAACCUCCCUCCAACUGAGCAUGUGCUGCCUUUUGUGCAAACCCUCUUGCUCUCAGCUGGCCCAGUCAUGAAUCAAAGCCACCUGGUCCCCAGCCAGUUAGGAGCAGCUGGAGGGGGCUCUGACUCCCUUAUAGGGUGAGCCAGCUGGUGACAAUGAGCUAAUAGCCUGUGCAAGUGUGUUAAUCAAACGAGGCAGAGCUCAAUCUUGCCAGUGGUGAAGAGCUGUAGAAUGUACACCCUGGGCCCUAAAUGAUCAGCAGGCAACCCCCUGAGAGCACGCAGGUCUGCUGCUCUUGCACUAAUGAUUUCACAUGGGACAGCCCCAGACUUCAGCUUGGUAGUUCAGAGAGGUUCAGACCUGGCGGUUGGGGGUUGAUUCAGUCUUUUACAGAGAGGAGCUCUUAACCAAAUGCCAAGAUUUCAAUCGGCUCAGCUUGGAAGUACCCCCAGAUUUCUAAGGGGUUGGCUGUGGAGUUUUGGUUCAGCCCCAUCUCUGCGUUGACCUGUUGUUCUACUAGGACAUUGCUUUGUGCUGGGUAACGCUGUGGGCUGUGAUGGCGCUAGGACUGCGUUUGAAAUUAUCUGCGUUCACUAGAAAGGUGACCGAUGCCACUUAAAGCUAUAGGGCCAGAUUCUGCCAGUUUAUGGUGAGUAAUAACUUUGCAAUGGGACUUCCUCUGCAGGAAGGGACCAUUCAGCUUGAGUAAUAAUGGCACAAUCUGCCCCUUAGCACAUUUUAUUUUAAACAGGGCUCUGGCAAAGUGUGUGUGUAUAUAUGUAUAGUAUAUAAUUAAGCUUUGGUUUUGUGAGCUGUGGGGGGAGCAGUUUCCUGCAGCACUAUGUUAAUUAGCUUUCACGUGAGUGUUUUUCACAUUAGCUCUAAUUGAUGCUGAGUGUCUUCUGUAAAGUUACUGGGCCUGAUUCUGCCCUUGCACGAGCCAGUGUAAAUGGGGACCAAGCUCAGCGGAGUAACAUCGGCCUUGGAAAGCGGCAAAUCACUGACAGUCACUGGCUGCCUCAAGUCUUAGCACCUUUCCUUGGUCAGUGAAAGUGCUUCUUUAGCCUGGAAGACCAAUUGGGUGCAAAUGCUAAAGACUUUUUUGGCAAAUGAGAUUAGUAACCAAAUAGGCAAAUGUUUUCGAAGCUGAGGUUUGGGGAGCCCAUUGUGGGCUGUUUGGGAGAUUUGCAAAGCUAGUUUCCAAGUCUUUUCUUCCCCUCAUUGAAACCCAUAUGCUUUUUGUCCCCAAGGGAAGUGUGGGCUGUGCAUUAGAAGCCAGCCUGGCAUAAGUGGGUAACCGAUCUGUGGCUGUAUAGAUUUAUUUUUUUAUUAGCAUUUUUCUUUCCUCACCUUGUCUUUGCACAGUCUCUCUGUCUGUGGUUUGCACUGUGCCCGGCUCACCUUCCCCCUGGAUUUUUACUCUUCUCCGCACAGCUCCCUCUUCCACCCUGUCUUUCAGCCACAACCCCCACACGCUGAGUCCUCCCCCACCUUUUGAACCCACAACGUGAGCUUUAGUUAAUCCUGAAUCAUGGCUCGGUUGCUGGUAAGCAGAGCCUUCAGAUGAUUGUGAUCUAGUUCCCCUACAGCGGAACAUCUGCGUGCUGAGUAAGCAGAGCCUUCAGAUGAUUGUGAUCUAGUUCCCCUACAGCGGAACAUCUCCUGAAACCACACUUGGAUCCUUGAAAAACAUCUCGUCUCUCUUGGGAUCUGGUUUAAGAACACGGCUGGUCCCAGGGCCCAGGUAGACCCUCUCUGUACUGGCAUCCGAGUGCUGAGUUAAAGGGGAAGAUCAGCCGCUGGGGUAAAUUGUCCUAGCCCUGUUGAUGUUAAAUGAAGCUAGGAUCCCUCUGGUGUCUGGUUUUUUAAAGGGUGGAGAUGUACUAGAUACAGAGUCCAAUGAAAAACCCCAGCAUUAUUUUGUGAGCGGAAGGUUCAGCUAAUGAGCUCAGCACAUCAGCGCUACGCUCAACACCCGUCACUCGUGGCCAGCUGAAUAAGUGGGGUGGCAGUAUCCAGGGGCAGGAGAUCGGAGCAACACGCUGAGCCGGAAGGCACAGCUGUGACCGGUGAAAGUCAAUGUCCCCCCCCGACUCUGCCGUGGAGCUGCCAGAGCUCACAUUAUGUCCUUUGCGGCCCUCAGCACAAGGUGAUACAAGACACCGUCUGGCCCUGUCUGCAAGAUCCUGGGCUCUUUGUUCCUAAUGAACAUGCUUUAUACAUACUGGGAAGAGGCAGAAUUAAUGUAUCUGGGACUAGCUUUGAUGUUUAACUGGAGGCCACCCCCACGUUCAAUGACAUUUCAAUAACGUUUGUACUUAGAGGGAGAAUAAAGAGUUUUAUACAAACGCUGGAGCGCUGAGCUGAAAUCUUUCUGAGUGGUUCUUUGUUGCGAAGUUAUUGCUGUGCCGCAUGUGGGUAUACUGCCGGCAUCUGCACCAUAGCAAGAAACAGAACCGUGGCAAAGAGAUUAGAACAGCAGCUCCCUCUCCUGGUAAAGAAAAACGGUCCUUGUGCUCUGCUCUGCCUGUAAUUCCAGUUCCUAGCCAUGGCUUUGCUUGGUGGGUUGAAUUUUGGAGCGAUAAGGGGGGUGAGGGAGUAGCUUUUGUUGGACUAACGUCUGUUGGAGAAAGAGAGAGAAGCUUUCGGGCUAGACAGAGCUCUUCUUCAGGUCUGCAACCGACUGGAGUCUUUGCAGUGCCUGAACUUACCUAGACGUUUAGAAAAGACCUUUUCCCUGGAAUCGCAUCACUUCUGAACAAGGCACAUCCCUAUUUAAGAGUGUAUCAGGCACCAGGCUGAGCUAGCGCUGUCUGGCAUUGAUUCAGUUAGCAACAGGUCAAUGACAACUGACAACAAAUUUAUUAAAUAGAAACUAGGCAAAAGGCACAAUGAAUUGCAUUAUUCAAGUAUUUGCAUAGGUGCAGAGAGAGCAUUAUUGUAAACAAUACAUGGACCGAAGAGAAAGUGACACACAGUUUGUAUAUGUUCUCCCAAAUAAAAUUUAAAAAAAUCACAUUUUCGUUUCUCCCCCACCUUCAUUCACUCAGCUCACACACGCGGAAAUGUAACGUGAUUUACUGAGCGUUCCCUUUUGGAGGCUUUACAAUAUCCCAGAACUGCAGGGUUCCCUUCAGGCUUCAGGGCAUGUCCAGUUGUUUUCUGAGCUCUGUGUUCCCUGGCUCUAUCCCCCACCCAUUGAAGUCAGUGGAAAGUAUCCUAAGGAUUUCAGUGGGCCCGGAUCAGAACCAGAGGCUGUAGCUGAGGGGUCGCUGUCUGUGGGAGUUAAUAAGGGUGUGUGUGGUUUUAAUAAGAUGUCGAGCUGUGUUCAAAAUGUGCAUCUGGUGCUGAUAGGGAUUGAGGCCUAAAUGCAUGAUGUGUCCUUUCCCCCCACCCUGUGUCCAUCUAGUCUGUAAGCUCUUUGGGGCAGGGACUGUCUACCACUCCUUGCACAAUGGGGGCUCAUUCUGGGUUGGGGCCUUGGCACUGUCGUAAUAAACAUGAUUCAUAACAAUAAACAGAGUGGUGAAAAGCCA